AGGGAGCAUCUGGGAGCUGGGCAAGAGUUCGUGGAGAGUGAGGAAGGGGAACCGGGGGAGCAGAAAUAUGGGGAAAAAGAGGAUUUUGAAGUGAGAGAGUGCGUCGGGCUGGACUUGGAGGGCCCAGGGUGGAGUGGGGCUGAGGAACGACGUGGGUUAAGGUGCAGGUGGGGAGGGACUGGGGCUUCCAGGAGGGGCUGAAGGCGGAGGUGGAGGUCAGACGGCACAGGCAAGGGGGUCUGCAGGUAGAACUGGCAUUGGAGGCUGGGAGCGAGGGCUGGGGCUGAGCAGGGCGCGCAGGUGAGGGUCUGAGGGUGCAGCCAGGGUCUGAGCUAGGGCCUGGGGUCCUAAGGACCGGCUUUCAGACCUGAGCUCGGCGGCUCUGGAGUGGAGCUGGGAACCCACGGUGGCCAGCUGAGGGGGGCAGGCGCUGACGGUUCGCGCCUCCACCGCAGGAACCCCCGGCUGGCGGUCCUGGGCUCCGCGAUGCGGGUGCACCUGGGCGCGCUGGCCGGCGCGGCUGCGCUGACCGGGGCGCUCAGCUUUGUGCUCCUGGCGGCGGCCAUCUGCACGGACUUCUGGUACAUCAUUGACACAGAGCGACUGGAGAGGAGCGGCCCGGGGGCACAGGACCGGCUGGGGGCCGUCAAUCGCAGCCAGCCCGAGCCUCUGAGCUCCCACUCUGGCCUCUGGCGGACCUGCCGGGUCCACAGCCCGUGCACACCGCUGAUGAACCCCUUCUGGCUGGAGAACGUGACAGUCAGCGAAUCGAGCCGGCAACUUCUCACUGCUUUUUGAUAGCUCCACGGAUGUCAGUGGUGAAUUAUUAACAGUAAAUCAAUAGAAUGGAAAACUUCUGCAGGGCUUUGAUAUCAUGGAAAGAAGUUCCUGGUAUAAAACGUAAUGGAGGAGAAAACCAGAUUGUAGUUUCACACCAUAUGGUAUUAUCAUGGUUAUGAAAAAUAUAAUCUAUAUGUGUAUGUGACUAGCUACAUGAAUUGGGAAGAAUGCUUUUUAAAAUAUUAGCAUCAGUUA